UCGUGGUGUAGGGGCUUAUUGUGGACUGAAGCAUGUCAUAUGGAAGUCAUGACAUGAUGAUUUUUCAUGUGACAUGAUUCAGCACACAAACUAAGAACUGCCGCCAACGCACAGGUUGAAAGUAGGUAUCUACGAUUCCUGAUCAGUCGUUGAGGCUAGCUAGUGGACUUUAAUGGACACUUGCUAAUUGGUCAGUCCUAUAGGAAAGUGCGGCUAUCUAUCAGACCAAUGACUCGCCUUCAGUACGGUCAUGUCUCUGCUGUUUGUGGGUCGCCGAUAGUCGGGCGGGGGAGAAGGAAAACUCCCUAGGGCAGGGUCUGUACAUAUUCUAGGCUCCCAAGGCUAGGUCUUGAUAGACUGGAAUAUGAACAUACCUAUUGCCCCAAACAAACCCCCUAAACUCACAGUGGAACAGCUAUGCUGGUGAACUUGCUUGACAGGGUAGAGUCAAGCUUAAUAGCGAACUCCGUACCAGGUCUGGCAAACCUACGGUUUCAAUUUGUCCUUCCCAUGGGGGCGCUCAUGGGUGACCAACCUGCACGGUUUAUUUAAACUUACUUUGUAUGGAACCUAAUAACAUUUUCAAUUCUAUGGACUGCACACCUUUAAAUGUGCAAAAUAUGGCUUUACACAGCCAAAACUUAUCACUGAACGAGGGGGCACCUGGUACCAUCGUCAGUGAACAAAUGGACCACGACUUGUUGGAGAGGGCACCUGGUCCUCUACCCGACAAGCCGGAGGAAAUGGACAUUCCACUUAGCCAAGAGUCGGCUGGGAUGUCUAUCUCCUCGGAACAGGAGAGAGAUCUUCUGGAGCCUGGUCUAACUAAAAAGACUCAAACGAGGGUGAAGCUAUCCGGCGCUGGACGCAAAAGGUUGAAGGCUUUACUUGCCAAGGGCAUCCCGCUGGAAACAGCAAGGUCCUUGGCAGUAAAGCCGGCCACUGCGACUAACGAAGGGCAGGCAACACCAAAAAGAUCCCGAUCGGACAGCUCUACACCAACAUCAAGCUCAAAACCGACAAAGCGGAUUGCACUACAGGGCAAGAAAGUUGAUAAUAAAUCAACAGUGCCUGCAACUGCUUUGCCGAUUUUCAGUAGGAUGAAGGAAGUAGAGACCUCACACGGGGGCAAACCUGGUCCCAGUAAAGAGGUGGCGACGGUAUCUGUGGGGCAGGCUAAAUACAGUACUUCUUCCGAAGACCAUUGUUCAAAGCCUACCCUAGCAGAGACUGUUCGCUCUAAGAAGAUCGGUAUACUACCGCAUAAUUUCCCAGAGGGCAUUUGGUCCAAUGAGGAAAUUGGCAAGGUGCAGAAAUGCAUCCUCGACAAGAUGUACGAAACUUGUCGAGCUCCUGGGGUGAAGCCUCAUUUCGCCGGUUACAGUCUAAAGCCCGGAUGGUUUACCAUUAACUGUCUGGACGACGAGACUGUAACUUGGUCUAAAGAGACAAUCCCAGCCUUGAAGCCGUGGGAAGGAGCCCAGCUGAAGGUAGUGGACGAGGCAGAAGUGCCAAAGUCUGAAAUCUAUGUUGGCUACUUCCCAGGCUCAGCUUCCUGGCAAAGCGACCGUAUUCUGGGACAAAUUGAGUGCCAAAAUUCGGGCAUGCGUGUCAGGGACUGGCGGGUACUCCACAGGCUCAAUAAGGGCGACAUCGUCGAGAUGGCGAUUGCUCUGGAUCCUAUGUCGUCCGAAAUGGUCGGAAAGCUGGGCAAUAAAGUCUUCUAUGGACUUAGCAGUGCCGUGCUGAGACCAAGACAUAAAGGAAACAGAGCAAAGGAAGUGGUUGAAGAUGAGCGACCAACAACAUCUGCGGCUUGUGCUCAGUCAAGCAACCAGAAGCCGAAAACGGGUCUCAAUUCCGGGGGACCACCCUUGAGAGGGGGCAGAAUCCGUGCCCAGGGCCGAAAACCUUCCGCUCUCUCUGGUCGUCUGAGGAAAUGGGAAAGAAAAGACCCGGAGGCCGCGGAAUUGCUGCGCGGUACGAAGGGCGGCAAGGUCCGCAAGGGCCAGUCUGGGAUAUAAUGUCCCGGACUCCGCCACAUCCGCAAAACUCUUGGAGGCAACUUCAUUGCCUCCAAAUCAACCUCCACCGGGCUAUAGCAGCUUCAUACAGGCUCAGUGCCCUGGUGGAACAACACUGUCUGGAUUUUGUGGCCAUCCAAGAACCAUGGGCCACAAAGGGGCGCAUAAACGGUCUACAGACAAAAACGUAGCUCAUACAGCGUGAUCUGGUGGCGGUACAGGCAGAAGUGCCUAGUACUAGGGGGACGAGAAUAAUAGUUUUUGCAUCUCUGUACCUCCCUGGCGACGCAGAGGAAGCGGUGUCUCUCGAGCUCCAGCAGCUUACAGAAUACUGCCGUAUCCGAAACCUACAGUGGGUAAUGUGCUGCGACGCCAACGCACACCAUACAGUAUGGGGAAGCACAGACAUCAAUACACGAGGUGAGUCACUUUUUGAUUAUAUCACAACUAACAAUUUAAUGGUAGUUAAUA